AUGAGCAAAGAAAAGAUCUUGCCUCUGGCAGCAAGAAGCAAGAAAGCCAUGCUAAGGCAACCCAAACAAGUAGCUUAUUUUUCAAGGGAUCUGAACUAUAAGACACAUCCAGAUAGAUCAAACUUAUCUUACUACUAUCUCCCAGACGGUGACAUAGAUAAUAGUAUUGACCUAUCCGUUGGGUCCAAGCAUUUUUUACUAGGCGACAGCGUGGAGUUAUCCAAAUUGGAUCCGAUUUUGCUGGCUUUGAAGGAGAUAGAAAAAGAAUCCGGGGCUAAAACGAAGGAUAGAAUCAUUACUUGGAGAGGUAUAAUGAGGAAACUCUUAACAUUACCAUACGAUUCAGAAGAAGAUUUUGUUCUUGAUGUAGUCAGUUUUGAUGGACAACUCUUUAUUCAGUUCAAUGUACCCUAUUUAAAGAGCAAAGAUGUUCAGAAACAGGGUGACACAGAGUUUCAUAAAAAGCUACAAUUUUCAGGCUACAAGUUCGAAAAAAUGGCUACUUUACCCAAACCUUGGCCCGAGUGUACCAGGAAAGAGAUCGAUAGUAGAGCAAAAAGCAAAUGCAAUAACAUUGAACAAUAUGGGGCCAUAGUCAGAACCGGAAUAAGUCGUAUUAAGAUUUUAAUAGGCGGAGAAGUUGACUGCACAGCAGAUUAUUAUGACGAAAACGAUCCUCUCUCCCGUUAUAUCGAACUGAAGACGACUAGAACCAUCAACCAAUACAAGGAUAUGAUUGCAUUUGAAAAAAAACUAUUCCGCACCUGGGCUCAAUGUUUCUUACUGGGGAUUCCAAAGAUCAUUUACGGCUUCCGGGAUGACAAUUGCAUCUUGAGGACCGUGGAGGAAUUUAGCACCAAUGAUAUCCCAUUGAUGGUCAAAAACAACCCCUUAAAUGAGCAGCCAAAGAAGGAAAACUGUUACAUGUCUUCAAUCAAUUUCUACGGAGCAGUUGUUGAAUGGCUGAACGAAUCGGUAAAGGACGACCAAGUGUGGAAGUUAUCCUACGCUAAGAGAAAUAGGCAAUACCUGGUUUUGAAGGAAGUUACGGACGAGAAUGAAAAGCAGCAGAUAGUCGAUUCUGCCAUUCCAGCAUGGUUCAAAGAAUGGCGCUCAGAGUUAAGAAAUAGUGAAGGCAAUAUAUAG